GAUGCGGUAAUGAUAGUGACCAGAUACAUCGACCGCUCAGACAUGUUCGACGACCUCUACGUCGCGAUGCAGGCACGAGAGGACAUCAAGGACUUGAUCAAGGUCCAAGAAGCUCGUGCUCCUGUUAUCAAGUUUCGAAUGGAUGAUUUUGAGUUUAAGUUGUCCAUGGCGAGACUCAAUUAUGCGACCCUGCCCGAGGACUUUGAUGUGACCGACGACAAGCAUCUCAAGAACGUCGAUCCGGAGAGUGUUGCUUCGCUCAACAGCGUGCGAGUGACAGAUACGAUCAGAAGUCUUGUGCCAAACCUGAUAUCCUUCAAAUACUGCAUUCAAGCCCUGAAAUUCUGGGCGAAGAAGCGUGGAGUCUAUAAUAACGGUCUUGGAUUUCUUGGAAGUAUCUCUCUAGAGAUCAUGGCAGCACGGAUAUGUCAGCUGUACCCCAAGGCUCUUCCCUCCAGGCUCCUGUACUUCUUCUUCUUCACUUACUGUCAAUGGAAAUGGCCACAGCCGGUGGAAUUGGCUGAGAUCGUCGCAAACUCGCAUGAUCUGAAUCUGCCUGUGUGGGGAUAUGGUGCAACCGAAAUGUCAGAUAGGAGGCAUCUGAUGCCGAUCAUUUCUCCUUGCUAUCCUGCUCAGAACACCGCAGCUCUCGUGUCGAGGUCAACCUUGAAGAUCAUGAAAGAGAUGUUCAUCAGGGCCAUGGGGGUGUGCAAGCAGAUCCAUGAAGGCAAGGCUGGCUGGUGCGACCUCUUCGAGCCCGUAGACCUGUUCUCAACGUACGCAAACUUUCUUCAGAUCCAGGCGUCUGCACGGAGCAAAGCUGAUCACAACAUGUGGAAGGGAUUCUGCGCAGCCAACAUUCAUAAUAUGAUCUCGUAUUUGGAAAGAUGUCCAGAUGCGUAUCUAGAUCGAGCGCAUCCGAUACAGAGGAGCUAUGCAAAGCCAAGAAAAGGCGAGCAGGAUCAGUACGAGCACUUGUGGUACGUCGGUCUGAAGUUUGACCAUGAC